AUGACCGUGCCGAGCGCAAAUGUAAACGUUAACGCGUGCGGUUUCCAGGCAAAAAAAAUCGCGAAAUUAAAUGAGAUAAAGGGAACAAAGGCCUCUCUAACUAACAAACAAUUAUUAGUGUCGACCGGGGUUCCGACAUUCGAUGCCGUACUUGGUGGCGGAUUGGCCGUCGGAACUGUUUUGCUCAUUGAAGAAGAUGAUGGGGCUGUAUAUAGCAGUUUAUUAACAAAGUACUUCCUUGCUGAAGGUGUUGCAUCUAACCACGAACUUUUUGUUGCUAACUUAGAUCAUGAUCCCCAAUAUUUUAUCAAUGCCUUGCCAGGCAUUUUUGAUACUACAGCCAUUAGGAACGAUAAGCUACCUACUCAGAAGAAAGAAAGUGAUGAUGAACUGAAGAUUGCAUGGAGGUAUAAAAAUAUGAGAUCUCAGGUUUGUGUUUCAGAUCAGUUUGGCCACUAUUUUGAUAUCUCAAAAAAGAUGGAUGUUGAGUUACUUGAGAAAUGCAAGAUAAAUUAUUUCAAGAAUAUGGAAAUUUCAGAGAACCCAGAGUCAGUUUCAUCGCACAUGUGGAACCUAGCAAAUGAAGUCAAAUCUCUAAUUGAAAGUGCAAACUACUCCACAAGUUCCCAAACUAAACACGAAAAUAUCUUGAGAAUAUGCAUAUCAUCAUUAGCCUCUCCACUGUGGAACAACGUAGGUGAAGAUGAAAAGGAUUUCGCAUCAUCCGUGUGUCGAUUCCUACUGUCGUUGCGCCAUUUGAUGAGAACUUCUUACGCUGUUUGUCUUAUCACAUUACCCCCUGGGCUCUUUCAAGGAUCAACUUAUCUGCUGAAAAGAUUUGAAUAUUUGUGUGAUACAGUUGUUGGAUUGGAAUCAUUUGCAGGCUCCCCUAUUGAAAAUGAAGAAAGUUUUAAAGAUUAUAAUGGUUUGUUUCGCGUAAUAAAGCUACCUAGAUUGAAUUCUCUGCUACCAAAUAACGCCGGUGAUACUUCUGAUUUGGUCUUCAAAGUGAAGAAGAAACGCUUUACUAUUGAGGUAAGGUUAUUACUUCUUUGUAAUUCAUUACUUUCAUUUGUAAAUCUUUGA